UAGGGGCAUAAUGGACACCCUAAGAAAAUGAGUAUGUUAGGCCUGUAUAACAGACAAAAACUUAACAUAUUUUCAGUUGGCAUACAACUUUAACUUGUUUCCUACGUAUUUCAAUCAUUUACAGCUGGUAGAAUGUCAUUAUUGUGAAGAAAUAAUGAAUUGAAAACCGUGUGUUUUUUGGGGCUGGCAGGAAAGGUACGGGGCGAAAUGGACACCCAUCGGGGCAUAAUGGACACCCCUGCAUAUUUCAUGCUGUAUCUUUGAGAAUAUCGACCAGUUAAAUAAUUUGCCAACGGAGAUCAAUACCACAGAUAUAAUACUCCAUCUUAGACGAGUUUACAUAACUUCAAAGUUAAUUAAAUAAAUUUUAGGUUAAAAUAAUUGGAUUGAAUAUUUUCAAACUCUCUAAAACGCCUAACAGUAUGCAACGCGCGUACAUCCAUUCAAAUUGUGUUCAUUUCGCCCCGAAUCGACUACAACAUUGAAAUUGCUAUUUUCAGUAAGUUCUGAUCAAAAAUAUAAUACUUCUUCCAUGGCUAAAUCUACGUAUACAUGUAGAUAAGCUAACAAUUCACUUGUUUGUAUGGUGGACACACUCAAUCACUCGUAAUACCUUAUUUGCUGCUGCUUCGAAAUUAUAGAAAAUCCACCAUAUGUAAAACAUACUUCAAUUUCAAUGAUAUUUUGGUUAUUUUGAAGGAAUAUAAAUGGUACUUUUGAAAAAUAGAACAUUGACUUGUUCCUUUACACUUAUGCAUUGAAAGUUUUACAUAAAAGUCAACGGUUUCGGCAAAAACAGGGGUGUCCAUUUCACCCCGGGUGUCCAUUAUGCCCCUAAUCCCCCUACAUGUCACGAUUAAUUCCACCUUUUUACCUAUAUGAUGAGAACAGUAGAGUACCUAUGAUCCACUGUUGUCAUUCAUCUGUGGGUACCUCAAGUAGGCAAUCUAAUCAGCGAAAUUUGUCUACCUCUAACAUUUAUACAGAGGGCCACUGGAGGACUUCUCUAGUCAGAUCCAAUUCCUCAUUCAAAAAAGACAAAUUGAACUCGCAAAAUUUCAACCAUGUCAGGCGACACCAAAAAGGACACCACCGCGUCGGGAUCUACGUCGUCGGAGCACAUCAACCUGAAAGUUCUCGGCCAGGACAAUGCCGUGGUGCAGUUCAAAAUCAAGAAACACACUCCGCUGCGCAAGUUGAUGAACGCCUACUGUGAACGCUCCGGGUUGUCGAUGCAAGUGGUACGGUUCCGGUUCGACGGGCAGCCGAUCAACGAGAACGAUAGUCCUACGACGCUGGAGAUGGAGGAAGGCGACACGAUCGAGGUGUACCAACAGCAGACGGGAGGAUUUUAGUUUUUAAACUUGAGGA